UUUGUAGUGCUCUGAGCGAGAUGCAAUAAAAAUUUUAUUUAAAAAAACUACUUAAUAAUGCACAAGUAAAAUGUAGAAAUCAUAGAGUAAAGAAUUACUAAAAAGAAUUAAAUUUGAUUUGAUUGAAAAGUGAAACAAGCUAUUGAAAUUUCGAAAAUAUGAGUGAUUCUGAUGAAGAUGCUCGGGAACAGGUGCGUUUGAUUAAGCAUCGCGAACUUAGGCAAGCAGUUACUGCUGGUGAUGAGCGGACAGUACGCGUUCUAUUGGAAGCUUUAGGCUCCGAGAGACAGAUAAUAGUUAAUAUGGCACCGGCUGGGGCUAAUACUUUAUUGUUUUUAGCUUCGCAAUCGGGUUUCGAAAGUAUUACAAAUCGUUUAUUGGACGCUGGUGCUGAUGGUCGCUCACAUACGGUUACCAAGUACUCACCUCUCUAUGCAGCUGUACAUCAUGGACACUAUAAUAUCACUAAAAUUAUGUUAGAGCGAUUUCCCGACUUAGUUCAGCAAUCGACCGUUGAAAAAUGGCUUCCAAUACAUGCUGCUUGCAUCAAUGGCCAUAUAAAUUUACUUGAACUCCUAAUGCAACAUCAAUAUCCUGAACAUAUGUAUAGCGUCUAUCGCGAUGAGGAAGGUGUGUGGGAAUGGCGAUUGCCUUUUGAUCCGAAUGGUCAAGAUGUUACCGGACAAACUAGUCUUUAUAUAGCUUCCAUAUUGGGCAAUAAGUCACUCGUUAGUGCCUUGCUAAAAUGGAAAAUAAAAGCUUAUAAGACAUGCUUACAAAGUCCUCAAAGUGCACCGAUAACACCAACACGAAAACGUAUUUCGUUCGGUAUUCAGGCCAUAAUGUCUAAAUUGAAUAUAUCCGGAGAUAGUGAACAAAUGGGUGUAAAAGAAGAGUCUUUCGAGUGUGAAAAGUGCCCCAUUAACUUGAACUUAUUAUGUGGUGCUGCUCGUGAAACAGCUUUAUUGGCUGCCGUUCGGGGUAGCUUUCUGGAUGUUGCUUCCGUUCUAUUACAAAAUGGUGCUAAUCCAAAUAUCGUUGCUAAGCCUGUGGAGGAUCAAAAUGAUCCGAAAUGUACUGAGGAAAUUUACGGUAUUAGUAAUGUACCAAUCGCUGAGGCUUGCAAGCAAAAGUCUUUAGCAAUGGUAGAAUUAUUGUUAAAAUAUGGUGCUCGCGAUGAUAACGGUUCUGCUUUAAGCGUUGCGAUAGUUUCUGAAGAUGAAGCUAUUUUAAAUCGCUUAUUAGCGAAACGUGUCCAUCCUGAUUCAGAUUAUAAAAUCAACAAAAAAGGCUUGCCUACUCCAGUAGAAGUUAAUGUGUUUUUACCCUCAGCAAACAAUAUCUCAUAUAGCACUAUGUUUCCAAAUACGGCCACGAUUAUCGAUUGGCAUAAUAACACCAAUGUGCAAUUACCGUUUGUUAGAGUCAAUUGGUUGGUUAACGGUGUUUUGCAAUUGAAUCCUAAACUUCAAGGGCAUCCUAAAAUGACUGCAGUCGCCUUAACUGCUAUAACUCGUAUUGAUUUCUCUCAUAAUCAAUUAACAAAUUUACCAGUGGAAAUUUUCGGCUUAAUCUCUUUAAAAUAUUUAAAUAUAGCGCAAAAUAAAAUUACUCAAUUGCCGCCAGCUCCUAGUUCGGAUACACCGUGUUGUAAGCCCGCUUAUAAUUGUCCCGUUUUGGAGGAGCUCUACAUACAGGAUAAUCAAGUGAUCAAUUUGCCUUCUGAAAUUUUUCAUUUGCCUGCGUUAACCAUAUUGGAUAUAUCGAAUAAUAAGUUACAGGAAUUGCCGUUUGAUAUGUGGAAAGCGCCCAAGCUCAGGGAAUUGAAUAUAGCUUUCAAUUUGCUAAAAGAUUUACCAGUGCCACCAAUGCAAACGUCUUCAUCGCAACUUAGUUUAGAUAAAUUGGAAUUAGAGCCAUUUGCUAAUUUAGAAACUUACGGCCAUGAUUACAAGAAUAAACCAAGUACUCUUACCUUUCAUCCCCUAUUACAUCGUAAUAUAUGGUCGAAUAAUUUAGAAAUUACCGAUAAUGAUAUGAAAUGGAAUGAGGCGAAAAAGGAAGAGGGCGUUUCUCAAUUAAAUAGUUUAAAUAUAGCGAACAAUUUGUUUACCUCAAUACCAGCGGCUCUGCCAUGUUUAGCAGUUAAUCUUACCAGACUUAAUAUGUCUUAUAAUAGCCUAAGAUCGAUGGGUCAUGUUACGAGUUAUCCGUCCACGCUCAAACAAUUAGAUCUUAGUCAUAAUGAGAUUUCCUGUUGGCCUAGUUUACCGCGCAUUGCUGAAGCUGAUCCGCAUUUGUUAUGUUAUAGUUUUGUGGCUCACAAUCAGACAGAAGGCAGUGAAGAGAUACCAUCGUUCAGCAAGCAUCAUAGUAGCAAUUCUAAUAAUUCGUCGUUUCGUAGCACCGUCUUGAAGAGUGUUUGUCGUCAUCGUCGGCACUUGCGUUUGGAAUCCUUAAGAACAUUAAUUCUAGCCGACAACUUAUUAACGCGCAUACAAUUAUCUACGGAUGAUGUUUUCAAUGAAGCCGAUGAUUCAGAUUGGAGCAUUGUGGGCGUGACUAAAUCGAAGCUUAUUUUUCCCAAUCUUUCUAUGUUAGAUAUCAGUAACAAUUGCUUAAGAGAGAUACCAAUCUCUCUACACGAGUUGAGUAGCUUGAGCGUUUUGAAUAUUAGUGGAAAUGUUGGUAUAACUGAUUUGCCACCUCAUCUCGGUCUAUUAACACGACUUUGGAAUCUUAACACACGAGGUUGUUUACUGCAAGAUCCUCUCAAGUCGAUGAUAGAGAGUAAAAAAUAUAAAACUAUGGAUAUCAUCGGAUAUUUGAAAUCGAUCUAUGAAGAUGCUCAAUCUUACGCAAGAAUGAAAUUAAUGGUAGUUGGCGUGCAAGGUAUUGGUAAAACAACAUUACUGGAUCUCUUAAGGCAGGGUGCCGGCUCGCAAAAGUCUCGAGCUGCAGAGAAUCACUGGGCCAAACGUAUGGGCCACACAAAAAACUUGUCAAAAACUCAAAAGGGCAGCAACAUAUCGACGGUGGGCGUGGAUAUUGGUACUUGGAUUUGUGAAAAGCGUAAAAAGGCUCCUGGAUCUCAUGGCCCGGUAGUCUUUCGCACUUGGGAUUUUGGUGGCCAAAAAGAGUAUUACGCGACACAUCAAUAUUUCCUAUCUAAACGUAGCCUUUAUUUGGUUCUGUGGAAAAUCACGGAUGGUCACAAAGGUUUAGCCGAAAUAUUGCAGUGGCUGGGAAAUAUUCAGGCUCGUGCUCCAAAUUCUCCAGUAAUUAUUGUGGGCACCCAUUUUGAUGCAGUGGGAGAAAUGUUCUCUGCCCAGAAAACCGAAGAGUUGCAGCAACUGAUACGCGAGAAAUUUAUUGCGAUACCGGAUGCAGAAAAAAUUGGCUUACCUCGGGUCAUUGAUUCUAUUGAGAUAAGCUGCAAAACUAUGCAUAAUAUACGUCUGUUAGCUAAUAUCAUUUACGAUACGGCUUUUAUGCUGCGUUCACCAGGCUCCAAGGAACCGCUACUACUUCAAAAAAUACCGGCUAGUUACAUAGCAUUGGAGGAUAUUGUUAACGUGAUAGCGUGUAAUUUACGAGCGGUCGGAAUGGAUCCAGUUUUAGAUGCUGAAAAUUAUCGUAAAUUGGUCACGGAAGAAAUGCGCCUACACAACUAUAAAAGUUUUCGCGAUACCGCUGAAUUGAAUCAGGCUACAAUGUUCCUGCACGAUAACGGCGUCAUAUUACAUUAUGACGAUGCCACGUUAAGGGACUAUUAUUUUUUGGAUCCACAAUGGUUAUGUGAUAUGCUGGCCCAUGUUGUUACGGUUCGCGAAAUUAAUCCCUUUGCACGUACUGGUAUAAUGAAAUUGGAAGAUUUGAAUUUAUUAUUUCGCAACAGUAACGGGCAGGCCGGUAAUUCGAAUCGCAGCUACAUCGUAAGUCUAUUAAAUAAAUUCGAGGUGGCCUUAACUUGGGAUUCGAGAACUUUGCUAAUACCGUCUCUUUUGCCACUGAACGAAGAAAGUGUCGCUAAUACCGGUACUGUUAUAAAAAUAUCUCAACGCACAAGAGGUCGUAAUGUAAAUUUGGGUUGUUCCGUUCCCGAUGACAUUAGUUACAAUAAUAUAGUUUAUGAACCUAUGACUUUGUCAAGUCAUAUGGAUCUUAAUAUCUUAGACUCAAGCUUACGAAGAAUUUUAUUGAUGACAUAUUUUCCAUCUGGCUUUUGGUCGCGUUUAAUUACGCGUUUAUUGGCAGACGAUCAAAUAACUGAAUCUAUUAAAAACGUUUACGAAAUGGUCAACGAUGUACAACAAGACUUUAGUUUUGAAUUACGUUCUAGUCUGGAGAGUGAUACUAAUUGGAAUUUGUGGCAGACAGGACUUGCUCUGUAUUACGGUCCUACACUUAUUUUCAAAAUAUGGGAGCUACCUUUUCAAAUGACUGCGAACACUCAACCAUUCCGUAAUUCGGCGAAUCGUUUCAAAUUGAGAUUGGAUGGUAUUUGGACUGAUAUUAAUUUAUGUAACUCGAGUAUACUGGAGAUUUAUUUCCCCCUGUUGAAAGUGAAUGUAUAUCAGGAGGUAGAGGGAGAAAAUAAACAGUUAGUAACUCAAAUUGAGCCAAACAUGCCGGUGGUAGCGAAAUUACUUGCUUUAUCCGUGGAUCAUAUUGAUUUGUUACUUGAAGAUUGGUAUCCUUCUCUGGGCACACGUUUUGUGCAUACUUCAGAGGGCCGAUUCUUAAUUACUCGUUUGGUGAUGUGUCCGAAAUGUUUGCGUAAACUCGGUAAGAAAUUUGAUACAGAUAACGGCAAUGGUGAUGGUGAUGUUGCCGAUGCUACUAGUUUGGGUUAUGUGAAUAGAUCGCGAAGUAAGCGUCCUGUAUAUCUGCACGGUGAUGCGUGUGAAGAUGGUUUAAAUGUUUUUUCUGCCUAUUUAAAUGCUACUGUAAGGAGAGAAAGGCGAUCAGAGGAUUCCUUAUAUUUAUCUGAUGCCGAUUCUGGCGUGGGUCCCGAUUCGGCUGGCUCAUCCCGCAAUACUUCCGUUGAUGGUCAUCCCCUCUACCACAAUUUACCUGACAUCUCAAAUGUUUGUUACACAUGGAUGAUUGAAGAAUGUAUUCUAUCGGUUUAUAAUCAGUGUAAAAUCUCUUGCCCCAUACACUUGGAAAUGUCAAUGCUAAAAUUGGCUCCCGAUGUUAUAUUCGCCGAUAUACCUGACAAGUGCACUAUCAACUCGGAUAGCAUCAUUAAGGGUUCUUUAUUAGGUCGUGGAGCCUUUGGAUUUGUUUUUAAAGCCACAUGUAAAAUAAAGGGAUCUCGUUCUUUUAAAGCAGUAGCUAUGAAAAUGUUACAACCUGUUGCACCCGGUACACGCGCAAAAGAGAGCGCUUUAAUGGCUUAUAAGAUAGCGCUCGGAAAAUGGGAUCGUGAUCCUCUGCAGCACGCCUGUAAGGCGUAUUGCACAGCCCGCCAAGAGUUGGCGGUAUUGCUUACACUUAAACAUCCGAAUAUAGUUCCUUUGGUUGGAAUAUGUAUUAAACCUUUAGCAUUGGUUUUAGAAUUGGCUCCUUUGGGCGGCUUAGAUUCAAUUCUAAGACAAUAUCGACGUAGCGGAGCUCACGUUGGUCCUCAUACCUUUCAAAUCUUAGUGCUACAAGCAGCCCGCGCGAUUGAGUACUUGCAUCGACGUCAUAUUAUCUAUCGGGAUCUGAAAUCGGAAAAUGUAUUAGUCUGGGAUUUUCCUCAACCUCAUGCAGAGGACGGACCGCGUAAUAUUGUGCAUAUAAAAAUAGCUGAUUAUGGUAUAAGUCGUCAAACGGCGCCUAGCGGAUCAAAGGGAUUUGGUGGUACUGAGGGCUUUAUGGCGCCCGAAAUAAUACGUUAUAAUGGCGAAGAAGAAUACACAGAGAAAGUAGACUGUUUUUCCUUUGGAAUGUUUAUAUAUGAGAAUAUCAGUUUGCGACAGCCUUUUGAAGGACAUGAAUCGAUUAAAGAAUGUAUAUUAGAAGGCAGUCGGCCAGCUUUAACUCAAAGAGAAACACAAUUUCCUACAUAUUGCUUGGAUUUAAUGAUAUUGUGUUGGGAUGAUUUACCGAAAAAACGGCCUACCGCCAGCCAAAUUGUUUCCAUUCUCACAGCACCCGAGUGUAUACAUCUACUGGAUGUUAUCGCAUUGCCGCAUAAUGAUAAAGCCGUUUGUGGCGCUUUUAAUAGUCUACCGAAUAUCGAAGAUGAAACCGCACGCUUCUCCAGCUUGGAGUUGUGGCUACCAGGUUAUAAUUCCCGCAUCGAUAUACUUGAUUGUUCGUUAUAUGGACAAUUUCAACAGUUAAGCAGUCUCAAGUGCUCGCAUAAAUUUCCAGAUUUGGAGCAGUUAUCACCGCGUGUUGAAGAGCCAUUGAGAUCAUCACCGUUGAAUACACCAUCGUCCACUCAUCCCUCUACAUCGAGUACUGGUUCGACAUCACGUACUCCGUCGAUUACAAGAAUGCCUAAGAUCAACGUGUUAUGUUGUAGUAUCAUUGAACAUGCAAUUUGGAUGGGCGAUUCUGCGGGUAAUUUGCACGCCUGUAAUCUACAGGAUUACAAUCAUAUCUUUUCUUACAUGUUGGAUCCGUCAAUCAAGUCUCCGGUAAUAAGUUUAACUUAUUUCCCUGGUAUACAGCGGGUUGCCGUAGGCCUGCACAAUGGUCGCGUCUUUUUAUUGGAUUCGGAGAAAGUACCGACAAAUUGUGCUUUUGCCGAAGGCUCUUUUGUCUUAACUGAAAUAUGUUCAGGUUUAAUAUUGCAUUGUGCCACAUCCAUAAUGGUUGAAGAUGUAUAUGAAUUGUGGUGCGGCGAAAUGGCUGGAAAAUUGAAUGUUUUUCCGUUAAGUAAAACUGGCGUUAGUGGUCAUCAAGCCUUAUGUCAUAGUGAUGAGCCAAACACUAAAGAAGACCUCAAAGUGGCCCGCAUAUGUUCAAACAGCACCCAUGUUUUUACCUGUCUUUACCUCAGCUCUAUGGUGUACCAGUGGGAUGCUAAUCGAAAACAAAUUGAAAAUAAACUUGAUUGUUCCAAGUUGUUACCAUGCUCGGAAUCUUUGAAAAGUAUAGCCAUUGAUGAACGGCUCAGUUCAAUUAAAUGCCAAAUAUCCGCGUUAUGUGCUCAUGGCCAGGAACUUUAUAUAGGCACCACAUGGGGUUGUUUGAUUAUAGCUGAAGUUAAUACGCUAAGACCAAUUACAGUAUUUCGGCCCUACGAGAAUGAGAUUAAAACAAUUAUUGCGGUACCAAAUACUCAAGUACCUUUAAUUGCUACAAUUGGAAGGCGUUAUCGUUCCCUUAUUAGUCGUUAUAUGGACUCAUCGGAGAGAUCAGCACGUCAUAUCACUUCUCCUUCACAUUACGAAUAUUUAAAAUCUCCUAAAUCGCAACCGGCCGAUGUUGACAAUCACAUACAUUGUCUGUUGUGGAAAGCUAAAGAUUGGACUUAAUUGCUUUAAUAAAAAGCUUGAGCAAAAAUUCUUCAAUUAUUAGCAUUUAAGAUUCAAUUUUUUUU